UCUCCACUCCAUGAAGCAGCGCACGGGGGCCACGCGGCAUGCGUGCACGCUCUUCUGCAAGCGGGAGCAAACGUAGCAGAAGUUGGUCCAAAUGGCGCCCAAGCUCUACAUUGUGCGGCUUUGUCUGGCCAAGUGGUGUGCGUAUUGGCUCUUCUGAAGGCUGGCGCUGAUAUUGAAGCACCAGACCAAGAUAACGAUACACCUUUGACAUGGGCAACUCACGCUGGGCACUCGGCGUGUGUCGAGACUCUGCUGCGGGCCGGCGCCAACAUUGAUGCACCAGAGAAGGGCGGCAUGCGAGCCCUGCACUGGGCAGCAUCGACUGGCCACCAGGAGUGCGUUGAGGCUCUGCUGCGGGCCGGCGCCAACAUUGAAGCGGCACGCGAUGAUGGUGCCCGACCCCUGCAUUGUGCGGCAAUGGAAGGCCACCUGACGUGCGUGGAAGCUUUGCUG